AUGCAGGCCAGGAUUCAUAAACAGACUGCAAUUUUGAAGAAAUACAAAAAGAGACUUAUAGCUAAGGAAGUUGCCCAUCAUUGCUUGUUGAAGAGAAAGGUACUAAAUCGUGUGUCGAGGACGCUAUUGAAAUACCCUGAUAUUGGCAAGGAUAUAGAGAAGUUUGCACGUGAGAAUAGGAUUGGCGCAGAUUCUUGGAGGAGGACUGGAAUAUUAAUAUUUAGCGGAAAUGUAAAGUGAGGACCGAAAGUCACAUACAAGCACAUCAAAGAGCAUCUUGAGGAGAAGUAUGGUGUCCACUUUGGCUACGGAACUAUUGUACAACUCUGUUGUGUUAGAAAUCGAAGACAACUUUCUGCAAAACGUUAUUUUGGGGUUGCGAAGAUCGUAUCAAGACGUGCUAGAAAAGGAUUUGCCAUCAAACUUAAUGUGGACGUGCACUGGAGCUGUUCCUUUUAUAAGACACUAGAUUUUUUACAACUGAAAGACGGCCAAGAUAAAGUUCUAUUGAAUAGAGACGAUGCAUCCGGGUUUCGACUAGAUUCAACAUUCACUCACAAGCAGCAUAAAGUACUCUCAGAGGCUGGAAACCCGGAACUAAUCACUCGGACUGAUUUCCUGAAUAAAUAUGCAGCAACACUUCAAACAACUUCAUAUAUGUUUUUAGAAACCGAAACAACUCCAGAGACUUGCAUUGGUGUGGUAAAGGCUCACACCAUGCACAAAAAGAAUCCAGGGCAACAUGCUGGUGAUUUGGAGAUGUUAGCAAAUCACGACGAAGCGAAGUAUGCACUUUCUGGUUGA